GGCCCCCUGGCGAUCGCCGUCAGCAGCUCAUUCCGGAGCCGGGUGCGGAGGAAGAGAGGGAGGGGGAUGCGGAGGACGAGUGGGAGGGGCGAAGGGCUUCCGUCACGGGCCCCACCUCCAGCUCUGUCCUGCAAUGAAUACAUCCACUCUGCUACACUCUGCACGUCAUUAGCUUCAAUAUUGUAAAUGGAGAACCUCACCCACCUUAACAAAUUUUGUGCAAAAAUUAUGUCAAUUCAAUCUGCAUGAAUUCUAUUCGUGUGUCAUUAGGAAGACGUGCUGAUGUUGAGGACCUCGACGCGAGAGAACGUCAUCCAAUACCAGAGAUCAGUUGUCCUAACAACGUGCGCUUGAAUAUCCUCGUUAUUCGCAAACUCAUCAGAAGAACCUUAAAAAUAAUAAUUACCUAGACAUUUAUUCUGUCGCUUUUCCUUUAAAACAUAUUCCAAGAAAUAAAAAAGGGUUGAGACAAUUAGACAUGUAAAAAAAUUCAAUUUAAUACGUAUAUCAGAGUGUCAUUUGAAUGUAAUAUAUCAAUUUAUGUUUAGGUAUUUUAUACGUGUAUUUUUCUACAAUAAAUUUAUUAAAAAA